CUCAAAUGAUUCUGAGCUAUACUUCCUUCUUCAGGAGUCUGGAUUGACCAUGUUAUAUUAUGACCACAGCAGAAUUGACUUCAUGGCUAUGAGAAUUUACCUCACAACUAUGAGAAUUCCACUAUGGAUUUACCUCAGAGCAGAAUUCAGCUCACACAUUUACCUCAUGUGUUCCACACACAGGGCCUUAUGUUAUGUAGCCUGACUUCAGCAGAAUGUCAAAUCUCUUCAUCUGCUUACUUUAUGCCCUCAGCAGCCAUUUAUGUAGACACAUCUCAUCCCUCCAUCUUAUUAAUGGGACACCACGUUAUCAGGUGGCGGAACCUAGAUGUCAAGCCUCUUUGUUUUGCCUCAGCCAACACACACUUCUUGGGCUUUCCCUCCAUUUGUGGCCAUGACUGUGUGGUUGCCUGUGUGGUUGCCACCUGCUGCCCUAUUUCUGCAUUACAACCUUACUGCUGAAUCUUGAUACGGCUCAGAGAUUGAAUGGCUGCUUUCUUCAAUGGCUUGCAUUAACAGAACAAUAAAACAAAGAUGACAUCUCAAGAUGAAAUAGCUAUUGUGGGGAUAGGAUGCAACUUUCCUGGAGGUGAAGGACUUGACAGUUUCUGGAAAGUUCUGGAGACUGGCAGAAACUGUACUAUAGAAAUUCCACCAGAAAGGUUUAACAUUAAAGAGUGGUAUGAUCCAGAUGAUAACAAGCCAGGUAAAAUACGUACAACUAGUGCAGCUCUUCUUGACAAAUUUAAUUCAUUUGACAACAAACUAUUCGGCAUUGACAAUGAGGAAGCUGAGCACAUGGAUCCUCAGCAAAAGCUACUCAUGGAAUGCACCUACAGAGCUCUGGAAGACGCUGGAAUCACUACUGAAGAUAUCUCUUGCACCAAAACAGGGGUUUUUGUUGGUCUGACAAAUCGAGACUAUGAGAACCUAACCAGCAGGGCAGUGGCUGAAACAAACCAGUAUGAUAUCACUGGGACAGCAAUGAGCAUAGCCGCUAACCGGAUUUCACACACUUUUAAUCUGACUGGACCAUCCCUUGCCAUUGAUACUGCCUGUUCAUCAUUCCUCUCUGCUUUGCACUUUGCCUGCAAUGCCAUUAAACAGGGAGACUGUGAAUCUGCUCUUUGUGGAGGAGUGAACUGCAUUAUAGAUCCUUGGAAGUUUGUGUCCAUGAGUAAAGCAAAAAUGGUCUCUUCUGAAGGAAUCAGUAAAGCAUUUUCUAAAAAGGCAGAUGGUUAUGGAAGAGGAGAAGGCUGUGGUGUUCUUUUGUUAAAGCCACUCAAAAAGGCAAAGGAAGAAUUCAACAAGAUAUGGGGUGUCGUCAGCAUCAGUGCAAUCAACCAGAAUGGAUCUGUCACUCCAGCCACAGGAACAUCUCAUAUAGAACAAGAAAAAUUAUUGCUCAGCAUUUACCCAACUCAUAUCGAUCCAUCAGCUGUGCAGUACAUUGAAACACUUGGCACAAGUAACCCUUCUGUAGAUGCCAUUGAAGCAGAAAGCCUGGGCAAUAUUAUUGGUAAAAAGAGGUCUCCAAAAGUAUCUGCUCUCAAGAUUGGUUCAGUUAAAGGGAACAUUGGGCACACGGAGUCAGCUGCUGGGGCAGCAGGAUUAAUCAAAGUUCUUCUCAUGAUGCACCAUGGAAAGAUUGUCCCAUCUUUGCGCUUCUCAGAGAGCAAUAGCAGCAUAAAUACUGAGAAAUUAAAUCUCUGUGUUCCAACCAUGGUGGAGAAGUGGGAUGAGUCUAGUGAAUAUGGCAGAGUAGCUGCGGUCAACUGUUUUGGAUUUGGAGGGACUAAUGUCCAUGUAGUAGUCAGACAGGUUAAGCAAGCCCAGGCUCUUCCUCCAAGUAAAAGACCUGCUGAAUUGUUUGUCAUCUCUGCAGCUUCACGUUAUUCUCUCAAACAAGCAAUGGAAGACACAGCUAGACAUGUCAACACAAGUGCCUCGGCAACACUCCCAGAUCUGGCCUACACAUCUGCAUGUAGAAGAAGCCAUAUAAACUACAAGUACCGAAAAGCAUUUGUGGCAUCCUCCCUCCAACACUUAGAGCAACAGCUUUCUUCUGCAGCUGAAAUGGAAAUAGCUCCAUCAAAUAAGCCUCCAGAAUUAGUUUUUGUGUUCUCUGGUAAUAAUCUGAAUUUCAAAGGGAUCUGCAAAAUCCUGCUGAGAAGUGAGCCAGUAUUUAGAGACAAAUGUAUUGAAAUAAAACAAUUAUUUCAGCAGUUCUCACCCACUGGAAUUUGGGAAUUAACAGGAAGCGACCAUAAAGAUUUGUCCAGGCCUGAAAUUGCCCAGCCCUUACUCUUCACACUGCAGGUGGCCUUGGUUACUCUUCUACAGUCCUGGGGAAUUAAGCCAACUGCUGCUGUUGGCCAUUCAGUCGGUGAAGUUGCUGCUGCCCAUUGUGCUGGCUUUCUUUCCCUGGAAGACGCUGUCAAAGUCAUCUAUCACAGGAGCAGGCUACAGGCUAAGGUCCCUGGAGGCCGAAUGUUGGUGGUUGGGAACAUCCCUGUUGAAGAAGUGUCAGGAACCCUUGAAGCAUUGAAGGGCAAGGUCUGUGUUGCAGCAUUUAAUGGUCCACAGUCUUGUACGUUGUCGGGAGAUGCAGAUUCCAUCAAUGCCCUUCAGAAAGACUUAUCUGAACGCUUCAUCAAAAGAAAUAUCUUUCUUCAUGAUGUAAAUGGACCAAUUGCAUAUCACAGCCACAUGAUGGAUCCAGUCCUAGCAGAGAUGGCAGCAAAUCUAUCAGAAUUAAAGAAAGGGAAGCCAGAAAUUGACCUAAUUUCUACAACAGGGAAGGCUCCUUCAGAUGCUGACUUUGUUACAGGCGACUACUGGGCCAGACAAGCUCGUGAUCCUGUUUGUUUUGCCCAGGCCUUAACAGAUUUGGCAAAAGACAGGGAAAAUAUUGUAUUUGUAGAAAUAGGUCCUCACAGAGCAUUGCAGAGAUACAUCUUUGAAACUCUGGGAACAGAAACUAGAGCUUUGCUUUCCUUACAAAUAGAUAAAGAAUACAUUACACUUCUUAAUCUUAUAAAAGAUGUAUUUGAAUUGGGAUUGAAUGUCAAUUGGCAAAACCUUUAUGAAGGAUAUCAAAGUGUACCAUCAGCCUAUCCCAGGUAUCAGUUUGAUCAUACAAAACUCAUGCCUCAUUUGAACAUUAACCAGCAAGCAACUAAUAGAACUACAUGUUCAAGUCAUCCUUUAAUUUGCAGUGUAAAUACUGACAACUCCGAAUUCAUCUGUUCUCUUUCUCGGUCCCCGACACAGUAUUUAUAUGAGUACAAGAAUCAUGGAGUUACUUUGGUUCCUAGUACCUUUUUUGUGGAACUUGCUCUGGCAGCUGUGAUUAGUAGCUUGAGACCAAAAGUACCCUUAAGUUUGUGUCAGAUGAAUAUAAUUUUUGCUUCACCAUGUGUGUUAAAAGAAAAUCCCCAUGAUUUUAAGAUAAAGGUGGAGUCUCAACAACGGAUUUCAGAGUUCAGAAUAUUAUCUGGAGCAGCAAAUAUGGUUCAUGUCUCAGGACAUGUCACGAAGAAUACUGAAACAUUUAUUGAAGAAAAAAGCAUUUCCCUUCAAGACAUUUUUCAGAGGUGUAGAUCUGUUGCUAGCAAUGAUAAGGUUUAUGAAACAUUGUCACUAUCUGGAUUCCACUAUGGCCCUACUUUUAGGCAGCUAAGUGACAUAUUUUAUUGUGAAGAGCUGAAGGAAGCUAUCACAACUGUUAAAGUCAAGAGACAGAUAGCAGAAGAAAUGCAUGAGUAUUGCAUCCAUCCGAUACUCUUAGAUUGUUUUCUACAAAUGGCAAGAGUUCUGGCUACAGUUACUUCCAAGAUCCAAGUAGUAGGUCUUUCUAGUAUAAGCAGCCUUGUUGUUGCUCGGCCUUUGGAAGAGGAAAUGAUGAUAUAUCUGAAGACAAGCAAGUCCACUGAUAAUUACUUAGAGUUUUGUGGGUGCUUCACAGAUAAAUAUGGCUUUGUUUUGUCAGAACUGAAAUGUGUCCAGAUCACUUGUGUGAAGGACAUUCCCAAGAAAGACAAUGAGGUCUUGUUUGAAAAUAAGUGGAGAGAAAUAACUUCCGAUCAAACAAUGCAAAAUUUACCCAAAGCACCUAGAGUUGUAGUGUUUGCUGACAAAUUUGGAAUAGCACAGCAACUGAAGAACUACUUACACAGUGAAUCCAGAUUUGUUACCUAUCAGGACUGGGACAAAAUGUUGGUAACCAAGAGAACAGAUACCAGUGCACAAAAUAAGAUUAAUUUGGAACUGCAGGGCUACCAUGAUGUUCUCUUUAUGUGGGGAAUCCAAAAACUGAAUGAAACUUUACCAGAGAAAGUGGUGAAAUAUUCAGUAAGGUGCUGUGAGGCAUUUCGUCAAGUUGUUAUUGCUUUAAAGGAGAAGAAGUCUAAUUGUUCCAUCACAAUAAUCACUUUCAGGACAUCAGAUGGGAAAGUAGAUCAUAUAAAUUCUGGCUUUGGUUUGUAUGGCAUGACUCGAACAUGUAUGAUUGAAGUCCCUGAAAUCACAUUUCAAAUAAUUGAUAUCAGCUCCACAAGCACAAUAGAUAUCUCAGCCUUAGCAGAUGUUUUAGUAAAGUACAAAGCACAGGAUUAUCCAGAAGUCUGGAUUGAUGAAGGGAGAAUUUACAGUUCUGAAAUCAGGCGCACACAUAUUGAAGCCACAGCCUUCAAUAUGCCUCCCCAGCCACUUCAGAACUCAGAAAUGUGCAUUUUGUACACAGCAGAUCCAUAUGAUGUGAAUAAACUAUCAGCAGAACUUGCCAGUCCAUGUGCUCAACUUGGCAACCACAGUGUUGAAGUUCAAGUUGAAAAAAUAAGCAUCCAUUCAGAAGACUAUUUUCCUGUUACCGUGUCCAGCUGUAAGUUUGGGAAAACUCUGUAUUGGAAUUCACAUACAACAGAUAAGCACCAGCUAUUAGCACUAGACUUCACCGGCACUGUAACUGCAACAGGUACUGAAGUGAAAAAGAUCAAAGUGGGGGACCAUAUUGUUUCGUGUUAUCCAGUUUCUGCAGCUUCAAGAGUUAAAAUUCCAGAAACUGUUUGUUUCAAUACCCAGAAAUUUCCAUACUUUAGAAACAUACCAUGCAUGUCAUUCUUUUGGGUUGCAAGAGAGGUUUUACAUAAAACACUGCCAAUGCCCAAACAUAGUGAAAUGUUAGGUAUUAUUUCUACUGAGCCUGAGUCAGUUUUGUGCAAAGUAAUUAUGUUUUUAGCCCAGGACAUAGGAUGGAAAACAAUAAUUACAAACCAUCUGACUGGUCUAUGGCAACGUGUUAAUCAGUGUCAUGCCCUCAUUUUUCUACCUCCACUAAAUGGAAUUUUUAAACAGGGGCUAACUUGUCUCUUUCAUCUUCGAGACAUUGUACUGAUCUAUGGCACUGAGCAGCCAGAAUGUCUGAGAUAUCUGAUUGGAAGUGAUCAUGAACAUAUCCACAUCCACACUGUCAAUCUUAUCCAUAUUUUUCAGAAAGCAUCUCUGAUUCAGUCCCAGAAGGAUAUCUAUUGGUGGCUUAAGUCAGUGAAUAUGAAACAAUUAAGACAUCUCCCAUUUUCAAUUUUUCAGCAAGCAGGAAAGCUUGAACCUUCAGAUAUUGCUAUAUCUUAUUUCAACUGCAAAAGUGUCCCAGUUGCAGUGCUGAAAAGUGAGGAGGAGGACAGCAAGACCUCAGACAUACCAGUGAUGGAAACAGGCAAGAGACUAUUUAAGCAGAAUGCAGUUUACAUAGUCACUGGGGGACUCACUGGGCUUGGCUUUGAAACAGUAAAAUUUGUAGCUCAGAAUGGAGGAGGACGCAUUCUGAUACUUUCAGAAAAAAACUUGAGUGCUGAGAUGCAAAAGGAAAUAAAUAAUCUCCAGGAUCACUGUGGGUGGUGCAGAAUAGCCAGCUUGCAAUGCAAUGUUAUUUUCAGUUCUGAGGUUGAAAAAGCCAUAAGGUCAAUCAGUAAAAUGUUUCCAAACUGUCCAAUCAAAGGAGUAUUCCAUAGUGCUAUGAUUUUACAUGACCAGCCUCUUGAAAUGCUAACCAUGCCUCACUUUGAAAAAGUUUUAAAUCCAAAAGUAGCAGGGGCAAUCAAUCUGCAUCGCGCUACGCAAGGCCAGGAGCUGGACCAUUUUGUAUGUCACUCAUCUGUUUCGUCGUUUCUUGGAAAUGCAACACAGUCAAACGAUGCAGCUGCCAAUUCCUUCUUAGACUUCUUCUGCCACUACAGGAGAAACAAGGGCCUUUCAGGACAGUCUAUUAACUGGGGAGUAUUACACUUGGGAGACCUGCAAGGUCAAGAACAUAUUGGAAAUAUAUUACAACCUAACGGUAUAGAGGUUCUACAAGUGAAUGACAUUCAUGAGUAUCUUAAAAGAAGCUUAAUUCUAAACAAUCCUCAGCAAGUUGUUGCAAAACUCAAUUUUCAAACUUUAGCCAAUUAUGUUUUAUCACAAAAUUUAUCACUGAGGAGUCGUUUUUAUAGUCUUGUUUCUGAAGAAACUGCUAGCAAUUCUGAGCUCACCAGUGAAACUGCAUCCCCAAAUCUCUCUCUACCUGUAGAUUACAUCACUUCACUUUUGAAUGGUCUCAGUGACACACAGCUUGGUGAUAUUUCAUUGCAUACACCACUUUGCUCACUGGGGAUAGACUCUACAGUAGCCUUUUCACUACAGAAUCGCAUCCUUUUGGAAAGGGGACUGGAAAUACCCCUUGUGAAACUACUUGAUCCUCACUCAACCAUAUCAACUUUAAUCUUAUAUCUGAAAGAAAAUUCUAACACAACAAAUUCUCAUGUAGCUCAGUGUUCUGAUGCUGGAAGCUGGUUGUAGGAACACUUUUCCUGGUGUUAACUUAGAUGAACCAUCAGUAAUAGCUGAAUGUUCCCAAUAUUUUGUCAGUUCAGAGCUCAAUGGAUAACUAAGGCUACCCUGAUUUUAAAAACAUACUCUAUUCAGGACAGGACUUGAGCAGGGUUGGCUUCAGGACAUUGCACCUGUAGGUCCAAGCACUCGGAGUCAGGGGACUGCUACAGAUAAUCUGCCCCAGGAGAUUUUACAGACAGGGCUUUCCCUCCUGAUUGGAGUGUGCCAGUCCACAUAUUCGCUGGAUUUAACCCGACCUCCCUGCAGGCUAUCAGGAACCAGGGCAGACAAGGCUUUGUUUUUCUCCAAAGGGAGGCUGCGAAUUCUGGCUUAGCCCGAGUUAUGUCUGGUGUAAAAAAAAAAUCCUCUAUUUCCAGCAGCUUUUGAAAAAAACAACUCUGGGGCUUCUGCUUACCCCCCACCCCCAGGUGUUGAUGGAGGUGUUGAUGGCUAUGCAAAGGAGGUGCUGAUGUCUAUGUGAAUGGUCCAUCUAAUCCCUUGAAUUAAAAUGCCUCGAAUCUGCUGCGAAGCAGAUUUGCUCUUCAGAUACCCCGAGGCAUAGAGCCAUGUCUGUAAAACCUCCAGGGGAAGAACUGGCCUCAUCCAGCAACUGGCAGACACUGGUUGGGAGAAUUUUACUGCUUUUAUUUUGGUGGCAGCAGAUAAAGAAAAGAAACCUAUAUCUGCUGCCAACCCCCUACCAAGAUAAGGGGACAUAGCCCACCAAGAUAGGAUGCCCACCAGAGGGCACUAUCCUGAGGACCUCCUCAAACCUGGAGUCAGUCCUGGAUCUGGACAUGCUUAGCAUCAAUCCUAUAGAUGAGCCAUUGUAACAGUAUACUGUAGGUGGGUUGUGGUAGCGUAGCUUCUGUUGCAUCCUAUGCUUGAUGGGUGGAGCAAGUUCAUCUUGUCCAUCAGCUGUCUCUACAACACAAUAUAUUUAUACUAAGCUAAAUGUCCAGUAAGGCAAAUGCUCUUAUUUGUGUAAAGAAACUUAAUUUCCACUUGUCAAUUAUAAAGUUUCAAUUGAAAUUUUCAUAGAAUCAUAGCAUUUCAGAACUGGAAGGGAUAUUGGAUGUCUCCUAAUCCAACUCCCUGGUCGGUGUCAGUGUGUUACAGCAGCCCAGGCAGAUGGCCAUCCAGCCUGAUUGAAAACUGCUUUCAAAGGAGAACCCAACUGCAGGGCGAUUUCCAGACUAGACCCUACAAUGGGGUCAGGAUGAAUCUCGGAAGUGUGCUUCCACACUACCUGUGUCAUGACACUGCAGUCCCUACAUGGACAGCAGGGUGCCGUUCACAUUUCCAAUGCCUUGUUGCAAAUUUAACUGCUGCGAUAUAGAGCAAGGGCGUCGUCUAUCUGGUGUGAAAAAGUAGCUGUUUUUUCAGUUUGUUAGUUGCUGCGAGACUGCUCCCCCUGCUGUUUACGUUCUGAAUGCAACUUGCCCGAAUGGAGGCAUUUUGCUGCUGAGCAGCUAGUCUGGAAAGCACCCAGGAGACAGACUGUUCCACUGCCAAACAGUUCUUAACAGUACGGCAAUUCCUCCUAAUGUCUAGUCUGAAUCUGCUUCCUUGCAAUUCCAACUCAUUAGCUGUAGUCCUACCCUCAGGAGCAACAAGAACAAAUCUGCUCAUUUAUGUGGCAGGCUGGCAGCCCUUCAGAGAUUCAAAGACCGCCAUUAUAUCUACCCUUAAUCUUCUCUUCUCCAGGCUAAAUAUUCCUAGCGACUACAAUUUACAUACUGCUUUUCAACAAAAGUUUUCAAAGCGGUUUACAUAGAAAAAUAACAACUAAAGAUGGCUCCCUGUCCCCCAAAGGCUCACAAACUAAAAAGAAAUGUAAGUUAGAGUCUAGCAAUAACCAUAGAAGGGAUGCUGUGCUGAGGCUGGAUAGGAACAGUUGCCCUCACCCCCAACCUAAAGAGAAGCAAAUAUCUUUAAAAUUUAGCAGGGGUUAGCUUCUGCUCAGUUAGCUCGUUGCUCAGUUAGCAAGGGUCAGCUCCGUCAACCUUUCCUCACAGGACUAGGCGUCUAAACCCCUCACCAUCCUUGCUGCCCUUCUCUAAACCUGUUCCAGUUUAUCCAUGUCCUUAAUAUGUGGUGCCAAGAACUCCCCUUUUUUGUUCUUCAACUUUCUGAAAGAUUAAAUGGUCAGCCAGGCAGGUCAAUAAUUUUUUGGACUUCCCACCCUUAGUAGAGUCAGACUAGUUUGUUAUAUUGUAUCUAUUGUUGUUUUAUUGCAUUUCUAUUGUAAGCCACUCAAACAGCAGUGUAUUGGAGGGGUGGGAUAGAAAUAUUUUAAAUAAAUACAUAAAAUCCAAUAGACAUUCAGCAAGUGGAUAAUUGAAGUGCCUCAUAACUAUGGCUUGCCUCUUCAAAAGUUUGAAAAUCUGAUUUAGGACAGUACCAUCUAAGAGCGGAACCAGCCAAACGGUGGCUUGUGUUCGGCUCUCCCUGGUGGCCCCGCCAGUAACACCCUGUGCGCAUUACAUCACACGCACAGGCGUGUGGCUUGGGUGUGCCGAGCAAGCUCUCCCUUUCUUAUUUCAAGCAGUGUUUGAGGCAGUCCUCGCUGGAGGCCGAGGAAGGGAAAUAAACGCUGUCAGGCAGCAAGUGUUGCCUGGAAAUUAGAGAGGAAGGACUGGGGCGGGUCUUCGGGCAAUCGGGCCAUGCCCCCUUUGCGCAUGACAUCAUGUGCAACGGGGGCUCCAGUGGCCCUUUUCAUUGGCAGCCCAGGUUCUUUGAAUCCAUUUGCUCAAUGAUGCCUUCACCCCUGGCACCAUCCAUGUCCUCUGCUUGGCCAAGUGGUCCAUAGUAAAUUCCCACAAUGCUAUUGCUUUUAUUUCUCUCUCCUUUUAUUUUUGCCCAGACACUUUCAAUAGGGCUUCCAUUUUCAGAUUCAUGGAUUUUUGUGCAGAUGUGUACAUUAUCUGCAUAAAAUACAAUUCCCCUUUUCUGGAGGAUCUAUUCUUUUUGAACAAGUUAUACCUUUCAAGUACUAAAUUCCAGUCAUAAAUCUCAUCCCACCAAGUUUCAGGGCUGCACAAGAGACAUAUUUUCAGGUAGCACAGGAGGGUGUCAAAAGUGGCCACUUCUCCGCUGCACUGGUCCCCCUGAAGGACCAGGUUUGCAGUCCGUGAGUGCUCAUCGAUCUAGCACGGUCACUAGAGACUCAAGCGGCCUUUGUGGCUUGGAGUGUCUUUUAUCAGCUUCGGCUGCAGGGGUGUAGCAAGGUUGGAGUGGGCCCAGAGACAAGAUUUAAAAAUGCCCCCCCCCAAGCUCAGCUAUUGUGGACGAUGCAAGUCAUUUAAUGGUACUAGAGAAAGACAUGCUGUUCUGGUAGCUCCAGGUCUUAACACUCACAUCAAUUUCGGGGGAUGAAAACAACUGAAGGAAGCCCGGGUGGGUGUGUGGCUGGGGGAGUCAGUCAUGUGACUUGCCUCUGGGGGGCCCCCCAAGGCAGUGGGCCCCCAGACAACUGUCUCCCCUUGCCCUAUUAUAGUUACGCCCUUGUUCGGCUGAUAUGCCAAUUGCGACUUUAUCUGGACAGCGAUAGCUUGGCCACAGUUACUCACACUCUGGUAACCUCUUGCUUAGGUUACUGCAAUGUAUUGGACAUGGGGCUGCCUUUGAAAACAGCCUGGAAACUGCAGCUGGUACACAAUAGGAAUGCAAGAUUCAUUAACUGGGACUUAACCUUUUUUUCAUAUUACGCCAGUGCUUCGUCAGCUGCACUGACUCCCAGUCCAUUUCAGGGCCCAAUUCAAAGUGCUGGUUUUAAACUUUAAAGCCCUAAAUGGCUUGAGAUCGGGUUACUUGAGAGAUCGCCUUGCUCUCAUACAUCCCUACCUGAUCCUUAAGAUCUGCUUCGGAGGCCCUCCUCCAGAUGCCCUUGCCAAAUGAGGUGAGGAGGGUGGCUACUAGGGAGAGGGCCUUUUCAGUGGUUGCACCCUGUUUAUGGAAUAGCCUCUUCAGUGAGGUUCACCUGGCUGCAUCACUUUGUUCUUUUGGACGCCAAGUAAAUACCUUUUUGUUCACCCAGACCUUUUAAAUUCAGGUUUUUAUAUUCGGCUUUUCAGAUUUUAUGAUUUUUAACUGAAUUUAAAAUUAGUUUUUAAUGCUGCUUUAUAUUGUAUUGUGUAUUUUAUUUUCACUUUUUUUGUCUGUUAUGAUUUAAUGUGUUAUGUGUUUUUAUUGUAUGUAUUAAUCUUCUGUUGUGAGCCACCCAGAGAACAAUUUGUUAUGGUGCGGCUAACAAAUAAAGAUGAUGAUGAUGAUGAUGA